GUGUAUAACAGUGAAAACACGGAAAAUUCAGUGUUUGGCAGGGAAAGAGUUAAUCAGGAAGUGACGAUUUUGUUCUCUUCAACUCACUGGAUGGAAACAUUACUAGUGAUCAAAGCUCUAGCACUAAGUGUUAAAGUUAGGUGAUGCAUUUGUGAAUGAUGGUGAUUUUGUGUCUCCAAGGCGCCAUGCAGACCCCAGAGGCAGGCGCUGACUCCACGUCCAACGUGCCGCUCCAGACCAGCGUGCCUGUGCCGUCUGCGGUCAGUGUCCAGCAGGUGGCGUCUCAGGUGCCCGUCCAGCAACAGGCGCAGACUGUUCAACAGGUCCAGCAUGUGUAUCAAACACAGGUGCAGUACGUUCAGGAGGAAAACAACGCCGUUUACACCAAUGGAAACAUACGGACGUAUUCAUACUCAGAACCGCAGCUGUACAACCAGAACAGCGGCGGGAACUACUUCGAUACGCAGGGCGCCUCCGCUCAGGUGAGCACUCACAGUAUGGCCAACAACGGCAACGGGAACGGCGCUCUGGCCAUGGGGCUGUCAGGAGGCCAGAUCAUCAGCAGCUCAGGAGCGUAUCUGAUUGGAGGAAACUCCAUGGAUGGCUCCGCCCCUCACAGCACGGCUCAGACCACUAGAGCCUCCCCCGCCACGAUUGAAAUGGCGAUUGAGACGCUCCAAAAGUCUGAAGGUUUGUCCAGUCAGAGAAGUUCGCUGCUCAACAGUCAUCUGCAAUGGCUCCUGGAUAAUUACGAGACAGCAGAAGGUGUGAGUCUGCCGCGCUCCACGCUUUACAGUCACUACCUGCGCCACUGUCAGGAGCAGAAGCUGGACCCGGUCAAUGCUGCGUCUUUCGGGAAGCUCAUCCGCUCCAUCUUCAUGGGGCUGCGCACCCGCCGCUUGGGCACCCGAGGGAACUCUAAAUAUCACUAUUACGGGAUUCGCGUGAAGCCGGACUCUCCUCUGAACCGGUUGCAGGAGGACAUGCAGUACAUGGCACUGAGACAGCAGCCCGUCCAACAGAAGCAGAGAUUUAAGCCAGUACCGAAGAUCGACGGCGUUUCAGGAGAGAGCUUCUCCAGCGGGGGGCAGCACACACCCAGCGCUGCAGAGCAGACCUUCAUCGCUCAAAGCCAGCAUCAUCAGCAGUUCCUCGACGGGUCCAGAGCUCUGCCAGAGUUCGCUGAACUUGACCUCGGAGAGCCUGUGGAAGGCGUCGGAUCAGAGGACGUCAAAGCCCUUCAGACGCUGUACAGAGAGCACUGCGAGGCCAUUUUGGACGUAGUGGUGAACCUUCAGUUCAAUCUAAUCGAGAACUUGUGGCAGACUUUCUGGCGCUAUUCUCCAUCCAGCUCCGUAGAGGGCGUCACCAUCACUGAAAACAGUGGUCUGAGCGAGAUCGAGGGCCGCCUGCCGCGGACCGGACUGGUUCUGCUCUGUGGAAACGAGGCAGUGCUAAAGUGGAUGAACACCUGUGAUCACCUGAUGUAUCAGGCCCUCGUGGAGAUCCUCAUCCCUGAUGUACUGAGACCCAUUCCUAGUGCCUUGACUCAAGCCAUCCGUAAUUUUGCCAAAAGCCUUGAGAGCUGGCUCACCAACGCCAUGAGCAGCAUCCCCCAGAGGAUGAUCCAGACCAAGGUUUCCGCUGUGAGUGCCUUCGCUCAGACGCUCCGCAGAUACACGUCUCUGAAUCAUCUGGCGCAGGCGGCCCGUGCAGUGCUGCAGAACACCUCCCAGAUCAACCAGAUGCUCAGCGAUCUCAACCGGGUUGACUUUGCCAAUGUGCAGGAGCAGGCCUCGUGGGUGUGCCAGUGUGAAGAGGGCGUAGUUCAACGCCUCGAGCAGGACUUCAAGGCCACCCUCCAGCAGCAGAGCUCCUUGGAACAGUGGGCAGCUUGGCUGGACAACGUGGUCACUCAAAUGCUCAAGCCGUACGAGGAUAAACCCAGCCUCCCCAAAGCUGCACGCCAGUUCCUGCUCAAGUGGUCCUUCUACAGCUCUAUGGUCAUCAGAGACUUGACCCUGCGCAGCGCGGCGAGUUUCGGCUCUUUCCACCUGAUCCGGCUGCUGUACGACGAGUACAUGUUCUAUCUGGUGGAGCACCGCGUCGCACAGGCCACGGGAGAGACGCCCAUCAGAGUCAUGGGAGAGGUACAGACUGUCUGUGUAGCUCAGCUGUAAAGAGCCAUGAAGCCAGUCUUUCUCUCUAAUCAACAUUUCUUUGUGCAGUUUCAGGACCUGAAUACCAUGUCACCUGCCAACAUCGACAAAGACGAGGUGAGCGAGAUGGACAGUGAUCUGGACGAGGAGAUGGAGGAGUCUGACGAGCCUCUGGCCAAGCGGGAGAAAGCGGAGACGGAGGUCAUCCAGGUGCUGCAGGUGGGAGCGAUGGAGGACGGCAGCAGCGCGGUGGUGAGCGUGGUUCAACCCAGCAUGCUCAGCGCUCUACCCUCGACCGAGCACAUCCUCAGCUCGAGCGGAACCAGCACCAUCCGUCACUGCAGCAGCCUGGGAAACACCUACGCCUCGGUCUGAACCAUCUGUCUCUAAAACCUUCGUGAAAACAGAUCUCCGUGACACUCGGAGAGAUCAUCCACAAAGCAAACCAGCUUCAGGAUGUGAUGAGAUGCUGAUUGUAAAGUUUAAAGCCCUAAUGUUCCCAGGUGAAAAAAGUGCACUUCCAUAAUAUACUCUAUUUCUGCGCUCUUAUUUUGGACUUAAUAUACUAAAAAUCAUUCUUUAGUACUUCUUACGAUCAUCUAAGUGUACUCAACUGUGCUAUUUUGGACACCACGAAUAUUAACUAAAAUGCACUUUUAACACACUGAUAAAAAUUAUUCUCUAUUUGUGUCUAAAGAAAUAUCUAAACAUUCUUG